UGAAAUUUCUGCAAUUAUUAUUUUUAUUAAUCAUUUUCUGUGUGCGAGUUAGAAAGACGACCACGUCACUAAUUUUCAAACUGUCAAUAAUUUUGAUUGAGAUUUCAUUAUUAUUAUUUAUAAAAGAAUAGAAUAAUUUGCAAUUAAAUAAUAAUAAUAAUAAGGAUGAUGUCCCCAAAUCAUAAUCCCGAAGAUCGAGCAUCUUCUUCUUCAGCGGCUAAUUUCAGGCACACCCCCUUGCAAGUUAUCCAUGUCUUUGGAAACUUUUUGAGGAUAUGGUCGGUAUACUCGAUGUACAGAUAUUUGUCUCAGACCGGAACUUCUGUUGUACUUUUUAUCUUCAGUUGUCUUGUUCCAUCAUCCAUAAUCUUUUUAAUUCUGCAAAAGCCUUGGAAGGGCAGACCACUCUCAAACACACAGGUCGUACCUUCUAUUAUUAAUGGCGGGAUUACAGCUUUAUACUUUAUUUUGUGGGGAAUAGGCCUUAAAUCCUGUGGUCCUGUCAGGGCUAUUUUAGCAGAAUACUCAGGGGCCGUGCUUGGAGUUCUUUCUGCAGUGUUAUAUGGCAGGAAAGGGCACAUCUGGAAAAAGGUUGGUGGGCUCCUUGCGAUGUUAGCAUCUUUCUACUUCUUGUCUCAAGGAUGGGCAAUGGCCACAUAUUCUCCUUUCUCACUUAAUGAUAGCCACGACAGUGAGGAUCAGACAGAGCGAUUGUUGGAUAUGAGGAGCAUGGUAGCUCCUAUCUUUGCUGGAAUCUUAUCAGCAUUGAGAAGGGUAAUCACUAGACGUACCUCACUCAAGAAUCAACUCAAAAGAAGGCUUCAUGCCAUUACAAUCGCAUCUGCAACAUGUUUUCUCUUUCCCGUGGCCAUGUGGGACAUGAUUGUGGGUUCGACCAAUGUAGAAUUGCCAUUUUCUGCCUGGGCUUUUACAAGUACCAUUCUGUUUGGCAUAAUAUUAAUAUUUUAUGUGGACAACAUCGCUGAGGAAAGGCUGCAUAUGGUUUUCUCAUCUCCAAGACAUUUAAUGGUUGCUGGUGGAUGUUUGAUUGUUAUGGAAAUCUUCUACAAAAUGGACUUCUCGUUACCAGGAUUUUUAAUUUGCUGUACUCUGUUAGGGUUUGGAAUAUAUGAAGCAACAACUUUGGAACGUGGGAAAAAGGAUAAUGUACAUGUUACUGAUCUUACAAACGGGAUUUUUGAGGACCAAAAUUUGAGGUCUCCUCUUCCAACAUGAAGUACUUGAGACUGACGUGUUUGUCAAUUGGUAUGUUAAUUAUCAUUACGUUUAUGCACAUUACAAGAGGACGUUGGAACAAGUGUUGCAGAAUUAGUGAUUCAUUUAUUCUUAGGACUAACUUUCAGACAAGCCAAGAUAUAUGCAGCUGCCAAUGGAUGCACAGGGCACGGGUCAAUCUAUGUUCCGGAGAUGAGAUGGGUAUGUGUAAACAACUGUGAAAAGUUUCCUCCUCUUACUAUGAGAAAUUGGAAGCAUCAUGAUGGUGAAAAGUUCCUGUACAAACAAUUGUUGCUAAAACGAAAAAACAUUUGUUACCAGUACAGUUUCUGUUUGCUAUUUCCACAAUAUAGCAUUGUUAACACCUGUUUGCAUAAAUUCCAUGAAGUAAUUUUGUAUUAA